AUGCCGGAGACUAUCAAUUUUCUUAAGGGCCAUCCUACUCAUUCACUUCUCCCAACGGCUCAGAUUGCUGAAACUUACAAGAAAGUUCUUUUAGAUUCUGAUUAUUUGGACUAUGAGACCGAUCCGUUGAAUCAGCAUCCGUUAAGUUAUGGAACUGAUCCUGGUAAUUAUGACGUAAGACAAAGUAUUGGUAAGUGGAACGAUCGUAAUUUUAAUAGAUUAGACAAGCCCUCGGACCCUGAUGCAAUAAAUUUGACUGGAGGGGCAUCUUAUGGAUUUAUAAACAUCUUAAACUCAACAACUGAAGUUGGUGAAGUUACCCAGAGGGCCUUUAUUGUCUCUCCUUGUUAUUAUUUGAUUAAUGGUGCAUUUAUCGAUGCUGGGUUUGAAGGUAAGAUCACCGCAGUCGAAGAGACACCAGAUGCAAACGCUGAGUAUGAAGUUGAUAUAGACUUCUUGGAAGCGGAAUUGAUCAAGUAUAGUGAAGGGUUACCUGCAGUAACCGAAGAAACAAACAUUGUACUGGAUCCAUGCGGUAGAGGUGAAAGCAAGCUUUAUAGAUUUGUACUUUAUAUAGUUCCUACAUUUUCUAACCCUGGUGGGUUGACUUAUUCUUUGAAGACUCGUUCAAAGUUGAUUGAAUUAGCAAGAAAGUACGACGUUUUAAUUAUAAGCGACGAUGUCUAUGAAUUGUUGGACUACCACAAUGCUGCACCAAUCCCUAGAAUUGUUUACUUGGAUAGAGAUACAGCUUCUUCAAGUACAAACAAGUUUGGUAAUUCUGUUUCCAAUGCAACUUUCUCUAAACUUGCUGCACCAGGUUUAAGAAGUGGAUGGCAGGAAACUACGACCCCAUUUUUGGCCAAGCAGCUUGCUCGCAGUGGACCUAACAAGUCUGGAGGAACUCCCGGGCAAUUGGCAUCUUUAGUUGUCGCUAGUUUCAUUGAUCUGGGAGAAAUUGAUACAAUUAUUGCAAAAUUCAAGUCUGUUUAUAAAUCCAGAGCUCAAAAGUUAAGAGAGGUGAUUACCAAGUACUUUCCAGCUUCCACUAAGUUAUAUGGAGGAGAUGGAGGAUACUUCUUCUGGUUGACUUUCCAAAAUGACACACCGGAAUUUGAUCAUAGAAAGAUCAACAAGAUUUUACUAGAUGAGCACAAUAUUAUAGUCGCUUCUGGAGACUCUUUUGAAGUCAAUGGAGAUCGCAAAGGCUGGGGGAAAAAUUCAGUCAGAUUAAGUAUUAGUCUUUUGAGUGAAGAGCAAAUCGAGAAGGGGAUUCAGGUAUGGGCUGAAGUUUUGAAGAAAGAGUACCCAAGUAUUUAUUAA